AACUAGGUCUAUUAACAAUUGAACGGAAAUCAACCAAAAAACUUAUAUUCCAAACCGAUUUGACCAAACUCAUAUACUCGGACCAAUUUAUUCAGCUCAAAUCUACACUACCAUCCCCGCAAAUAUACGGCCUGGGUGAAAACAAAUCCAACUUCACCAAGAGCACUCAAUGGGAACUGAUUACUAUAUUCAACCAUGACAAGGUGAUGAGCGCACCGGGACCUCGCUAUGGGUCCCACCCUUUCUACCUUAACAUAGAGGACGUGACCACCGGUACCUCGAACGGGGUAUUCCUACUGAACUCCAACGCCAUGGAUGUCCUACUUCAACCCGAACCGGCCAUUACCUACCGUCCCAUUGGGGGUAUACUCGAUAUGUUUGUAUUCCUGGGGCCUAAACCCGAUGAUGUGGUCCGACAGUACAUACACCUCAUAGGACUGCCUGAAUUGCCCCCGUUUUGGGCGUUGGGUUACCAUCAGUGCCGGUGCUGUACGGAACCCCAUACCCUGGCCAACCAGAAGCUGAUCACUGAAAGGACUAUCAGCGCCGGUAUCCCAUUUGACGUCCAGUGGAACGCCAAGGAGUAUAUGGAGCCCACGUUUGAUGACUUUACGAUCGACCAAAAAAGGUUUGGUGGGUUUGCCGAUUGGGUCCGACAUUUGCACGAUAUUGGCAUGCAUUACGUGCCAAUUGUUGACCCCGGUAUAGACCCAGCUCAGAAAGCAGGACAAUACGCGCCCUACGAUGAUGGUGUUAGCAUGGACAUUUUUAUCAAAAACAACACUGGCGGCAUAUUUAUUGGCAAGACGUGGCAGACCUCGGGCAAAACAGUGUACCCCGACUUUUCGCAUCCCGGGUCCAUCAAGUAUUGGACCAAACAGUACCAGGAGUUUCAUAAUCAGGUGCCGAUAGACGGCUCGUGGAACGACAUGAACGAAGUCGACAACUUCCUCAGCGCCUCCAUAUAUGGCUGUCCCGCCAAUAAUAGUCUGGAGACCCCGCCAUACCUACCAAAACAGUUGCCCAAAAUACAGGACCAAACACUCUGUAUGUCCGCCAAACAGUACGCGGGUCUACACUAUAAUGUCCACAACUUGUAUGCUUUCUAUAUGGCAAUCGCCACUGAUGAGGCAUUAAAAACUGUACGAAAUAAACGCCCGUUUGUGAUAUCCCGGGCCACUUCUCCGGGUCAGGGCAAGUACUCCGGGCAUUGGAACGGCGAUACGGAUACUACUUAUGGGGAACUUAAGUGGACCAUUGGAUCUGUGUUGGAUAUGAAUAUGUUUGGUAUACCACUAGCCGGUGGUGAUAUUUGUGGGUUUAUGGGUCACUCUGAAAACAACACGCAUGGCCAGGAACUAUGUGCUAGGUGGUUGGAAGUGGGUGCAUUUUACCCAUUUUCUAGGAAUCACAAUACAAAAAUAAUGGACCAGGAUCCAGUAGCACUUGGCACCAUGGUCACACGUGCGGCUAAAAACGCACUGUCAACCCGAUACACACUUUUACCUUACUUAUAUACACUGUUUUACCAUGCUAAAACCAACGGUGACACAGUGUCGAGGCCUUUAUUUUUUGAAUACCCGGCCGAUAAGCAUACUUACGAGCGUACGGUAGCCGAGACCCAGUUUAUGUGGGGCUCGGCCUUUAUGGUGGCGCCGUUUAUGUAA